UAUCCUGAUCAUCGUCUGAAUGCUAAAUUUAGAGAAGUUGAUAGAGUUUGAUCGUUAAACAAAGAAACUGUUCAAAAAGUAUGUUAAAAAAACGACAUGUUCAAAAUCGACAAAAAUGAAAUGCGGGGCUUAAGCUUAUUCAUAUCGGAAAUCCGGAAAUGCAACAGCAAAGAAUCAGAACUCAGCAGAAUUAAUAAAGAGCUUGCGAAUAUACGAUCCAAAUUCAAUGGUACCCGGACACUGAAUGGAUAUAGUAAAAAGAAAUACAUCUGUAAGUUGCUUUUCAUAUUUCUUCUUGGUCACGAUAUCAACAUAGGUUUUAUAGAAGCGGUUAAUCUAAUGCAGUCUAAUAGAUACAGCGAGAAACAAGUGGGUUACUUAUUCAUUUCUGUAGUCAUGAAUGAAAAGUCUAAUCUCAUGAAGCUUAUUAUAAAUUCUGUAAAAGCUGACCUUUUCUCGUACAAUACUAUUUACCAAAAUUUAGCUUUGCAGUUUCUAGCAAAUAUGACAAACUUAUAUUUUGCUCAACUUUUUGGUAAGGAAGUUUUGCAUCAGUUACUAGCAGCAGAUUCAACUGACGCCGUGAAACAGAGUGCAUCUCUUUGCUUAUCACGUUUUUCUGAAUUUCAACCAGAUCUUUUCGCUGAACGAGAAAUCCAGGUAAGCAUAAUAAAUUUUUUAGCCGAUCAACACAUGGGUGUAGUCACCUCAGCAGUUAGUUUAAUAGAAACAUUGGCAAAUAAAAAUCUCGUUGAUACGAAGACUUGCGUUUCCCUUGCCGUUUCAAGGUUGAGCAGAAUCACAUCCCCAACUUACAUCGACCUGCAGGACUACAAUUAUUAUUUUAAUUCUGCACCUUGGCUAAGUGUCAAGUUGUUAAGGCUUCUCCAGCAGUUUCCAGCUCCUACGGAAAUCUCUGUAAAGACUCGUCUAAUAGAAUGCCUGGAAAAUAUUUUAAACAAGGCUCAAGAAGCUACCCCAAAAUCAAAAAGAAAUGAGCAUUUUAACGCCAAACAUGCAGUAUUUUUCGAAGCUGUUGCUUUAAUUUGUCACUUAAGUUACCUGACAGACUUGUUGCUAAAAGCAGCAAAGAUUAUAAGCCAAAUUUUAAAAAAGAAAGAGUCAAAUCUGUGCUUUCUAGCCUUAGACUCUCUAUGUCUGCUGUCCCACUCGGAUGAAGUUCAGGAGAUAGUAGCAAAACACUGUUUUAAAUGUGUUAUCGAGUCUCUAAGUACAGAAACAGAUAUUUGCAUCUUCCAGAGAGCAAUUGAUUUCCUGUACAUUUUCUCUGAUUCAUCGAAUGUUACUGAAGUAGUAGAAGAAUUGCUUUACAUCCUCGAGAAAAGGAAUUUAAUACUUAAAGAGGGAGCUCUUUUCAAAAUUGCAGUAUUGGCUGAGAAAUUCACUGAAGAUUACACUUGGUAUGUAAAUGUUAUUUUUAAACUAAUACUAAUUGCUGGUGACGAUAUAAGUGACGAAGUUUGGUUUAGACUUGUACAAAUAGUUAUUGAAAAUAAGUCAGUGCAAGGGUUUGCAGUUAAAAUGGCAUUUGAAGCUCUUCACAAUUCAAAUUGUUGUGAAAAUUUGCUGAAAUUGUCUGGAUACUUACUUGGGGAAUUCGGGAAUCUGAUAGCUGGCGAUCCUAGAUCGAAACCAGUAACUCAACUGCAGCUGCUGCAUUCUUAUUACUGUACCUGUUCCUCACCGACAAAAGCUCUUUUGCUGACAACCUAUGUAAAAUUCACGAAUCUGUUUCCAGAACUUAAAAAUGAAGUAUGGAAAAUACUGAAUUCUGAUUAUAUUAUACGCAGUUGCGACACAGAAAUCCAACAAAGAGCAGUUGAAUACUUGCAAUUAAAUAAAACUGCUAGCCCUGAAUAUAUGGCAACUGUUCUGGAAGAAAUGCCACCCUUUGUAAAGUCUAUAUCUACUCUUGAAAGUGUUUUAAACCAAAAAGUGUGUUCCAAAAAUUAUGCAAAAGGAAGAACCCAUUCCGGUUCUGUGAACUCACGCAGGCGAAGCAGUACUUUGACAAAUGUAAUAACAAAUUCAAAACAACUAGAAUGUAGACGUAUUCAAUCUUUGCGUAAUUCAAAGAUUUCGUCGACAGCUUCAGACAUGUUGGUAGAUAUAAGCAGCGAUGUAUCUGAGAACGAGUCAACAAAAACAAUAGCAUCUGCUUCUCAGUGGAAUGAGGCAAAUUUACAGAAACUCCUAUGGCAGCAAAAAGGCACGCUUUAUGAAAAUGAUUCCAUAUGCAUUCUUGUUGAAAGCCAUUUCAAGAAACAUCAAGGACGAUUAAGACUCAUCUAUAAAAAUAAAACAAUGCACUCGUUUCAGAAUUUUACUUCCAAAGUAAUUGCUUCAGAAAUUGUAAAUCAAUGCAUCAUCGAUUUAAAAUCUUGCGAACCGAUCAUUUAUUCCGGUUGUUCGAUUUAUCAAGAUAUUGAAGUAGAAUGUUUAGAUGUCUUCACAGACAGGCCUUCUUUCUCAAUAGAUUUCAUAUGUAGGGGUAUCCCAGAAGAAAUAACCAUUAAACUUCCUUUAACAAUAAAUAAAUUUUUUGAGCCGUUUUUUAUGAAAUCCGAAGCAUUUUUCACACGAUGGAACAAUCUGGGGCAUCCGCAUCUAGAGAAGAAAGUUUUGUUCGCACCUAAGCAUCCUAUAAUAAAUCAGCUGACGAGGAUGAAGCUUGGUGGAUUGAACGUCGCAUUGCUGCAAGACGUUGAUCACAAUUCCGAGAAUUUCAUUUGUUCUGGUAUAUUUUAUACCAGCACCUAUUGCAACGGCUUUUUGAUGCGUCUGGAAUGGAGCAAAAAUAAUAAUCUAUGUUAUGUCACGAUUCGAUCUGGCAAGGAAGUCGUUUCGAAAGAAAUAUCAAGAUUAGUGCAAAUUUUACUUUAAACUUCUAACAAAAUCAUCAUUGUUUGAAACAUUCAAAUUAGCUGCUUAGAGAAGCUAACAAAUUUUCCUGGAGUUUGUUGUUGCAACGGACCUCAGCUGACUUAAGAAUCUGUCAUACUUACUUAGUGACAGAUUUAGCAGGAUACUGGGGGAAAAAAUACUUUAAAACAUUUCCGACAUAUGUCACUGAAACCUUCCUUAUGCAAAAGAGCAUAUUUAUUCAAUAUCAUCCUAAGUUUAUUGAUUGAAUAUUUUUUCUGCUUUUAUAAAAUUGUAAGUAUUAAAAAUUCUUUAUGCGAAAAUCUUUGUUAAGAAACUGAAAAGUAAACACAUUAUUUUGCAUUUUCUUGGAUAGUCAUUUUUAUAGUUAAGGCUAUAAACACUCGUGUGUUUUUAAGUUUUCGUAAUCCCGUAUAUAAUAGAUUUGAACUCAUAAUACAGUAGAGACCCAUAUUUAACUCAUAAUACAGUAGAGGUUACGUAUGUUACCAAAACAUGCGAUGCAUUAACGCGUAGCUCUUUUUCAAAAUUGAAACGCCCUUAAAAAAUCUUGUAAAAGUUCUUAGGAUUUAAAAUUAUUCAUUUUUGUAAUUGCAAUUAAAUGCAUUGUGUGUUAAAUAUCUAA